UUUAAGUUCAAACAACUACUUUGUCCUGAUAGCGAAAAAGGAAUAAUAUAAGCGAAUUCUUUGUGUAUGGGAAUUCGGAGUUCAUAUGGGGAGCAGAUUUUCCUAAUUUCUCUCUUCCUAUCUUAAUUUUUUUCUCAUGGCUUCUAAGCGAAUUCUCAAAGAGACUGAGAGUCUCGCUACUGAUUCUCCACCUGGAAUAAAGGCCGAGUUAUUUGUUGGAAAUGAUCGGCAUUUUAAAAUACAUAUGCAAGGACCGGAUUCCACGCCUUAUGAGGGUGGAGUUUAUAUUCUAGAGUUGUUUUUGCCUGAGCAUUACCCUAUGGACCCGCCAAAAGUGCGUUUCCUAACCAGUAUUUACCAUCCUAACAUUGAUAAAAUCGGUCGUAUUUGCCUCGACAUUCUAAAGGACAAGUGGAGUCCUGCUUUACAAAUCAGGACUGUUUUACUUAGUAUUCAGGCACUUUUAUCGGCCCCUGAACCUGAUGAUCCGCUCGAUGCGUCUGUUGCUAAUCAUUUCAAAACUGACCGUGUGGGAGCAGAAAAGGUUGCUCGUGAAUGGAAUCAAACCUUUGCUGUCUGCAAUAAAUUAGAUUAAUAUACUUUUCGC